AUGAUCGCAUCACUACCCGACGAGUCAAUUAAAGGACUGUCAAUUCUAGAGGACCUUCAUCUCAAAAACAAUCCGCUCGUCUGUGACUGCCAGCUGCGCCGGCUCGUUGAGACAGCACAGGGCCGGCAGCCCAAGCUCAAAGUAAUCGAAGCCGUGUGUAGUGAGCCCGCGCACCUGAAGGGGAGUGACAUAAGGAACGUCACCCUAGGGGAUCUCAACUGCAGCACGCAGCCAAACGACGAAUGCGCUCCAGUUCCGUGUAAAAACGGCGCCACGUGCACUAAUCUUCAGAACGCCUACACUUGUACAUGCUCAGCGGGCUGGCAAGGCGACAACUGUGAUCAGGAUAUAAACGAAUGCGCACCUUUCCCGUGUAAAAACGGCGCGACGUGCACUAAUCUUCAAAAUGCGUACUCAUGCACAUGCUCACCGGGCUGGCAAGGCAACAACUGUGAUCAGGAGGCGUCAACAUCUCAAGCGCCGGAAUUACAAUCAACUGUCUCGUCUACUACGGAAUCGUGGACAUCUGUGUACAUCGGCGUCGGGGUUGGCUUCUUUGUGUUGGUUGUCAUCAAUGUAGCAGUUAUUGUCAUCAUAGCAAAGAAACUCCGAAGAAGAAAUACUCCCAUGCCAAACACCUUUACUCCCCAGAUAAAUGAGGGGAGAGAGUAUCAAACACUGACAGCCCGUGGUCUCAUAGAAAGCGUUUAUGAUAGCAUAGCAGACCGUGAUGUGCAUUUGAGUGAGUAUGAAAACUUAAAGAUUGCCACAGAGACGAGUUUGUAGUCUAACGUCCCCCCAAUACAGGGUGCCACUAGCAGCACGGAUGACUUUACCUAAGACCAAUAACUGCAAAGCUGUCGUAAGACAUAUCAAUACCACUGACAACGAAAUACUAGCCGUUACGUUAAACGAGUGUCAUUUGCAAGAUUACAUCAGUGACAACAGAGCAUUCGAUGGGUAUA